GCAGAAAGAACAAACACAAAGAAGCAAGCAAUUUCUAGAGAGAGAAACAAACAAACAAACAAACAAAUUUCCUCAUUCCAUUUUCUAGAGAGAGAAACUCAACACAAAGUGCCGUCAUUUUCAUUUCAAUCCCUCUCUUCAAAAGAUAACACAGAUUCUCUUCUCAACGCUUUCACUCAAUUCAUCGUUUUCACUUCUAAAUUCUCUUCUCAGGAAAUUAUACGGUUAAGUUGCGAUUUGUGAAACGAAAAAUCAGUAGAAUUUCUUGAGGUUUUCAAAGUUUUCUGAUUCUUCACAUUUCUGUAUUCUGUUGUGAGGAAAAAAAUAUGGUGUGAUGGAACAACCAAGAUUUAACGAACAGCUUCAUUGCAAUGCCAUGGAACGAAGGAAUGAGGAAGUCCAUCCUGGAUCUCAGUCAGUAAUGCAGAGCUAUCUGGACAGCAUGUAUGCUAAUACUUAUACAAGUCCAUCUGAGCAUAGCAGCACAUCAGAUGUUAAAUCUGUACAGAAUUAUUCAAUACAAACGGGUGAGGAAUUCGCUUUUGAAUUUAUUAGAGACAGGGUAAAUCUAAAGAACCCUGUAUUUUCAAAUGUCGGUGAUUCCAAUUCUACAUUUAAUGGUAGGGAAUUGAAUGAUGUUUUAGGCAUCAGUCAUUCAGGAUUUGGGAAUUGUUCAGGUGUUUCUGUGCUCUCAACUGUUGAGAAAGGUUCAGCAGAGUUCAACAGACAGCGUACAUGGUUACACGGAGACCAAAGCAAAUAUGGGUCAGCUCGACCAACAGCAAGAACUCCGUUGAAUCAAGAGAAUGGUCAAUUUGGGCGAGGGUAUGCUUCUUAUGGUGGUUCAAAGAGAAGAUCGUCAAUGAUGAUGAAAUGUCUAUGUAGCUUUGGUGGUAGAAUAUUACCUAGGCCAAGGGAUGGAAAAUUAAGGUAUGUCGGAGGUAAAACACAUCUUAUUCGUCUGAGAAAGGACAUAUCUUGGCUGGAGCUUAGUCAGAAAGCAGUGUUUAUUUACAAUCUGGUUCAUGUACUAAAGUAUCAACUUCCUGGGGAAGAACUUGAUGCUUUGGUAUCUGUAACAACUGAUGAGGAUUUACAGAAUAUGAUGGAGGAGUAUAACCUUAUAGAAGAUAGAGAACCCCCGGAAAGACUUAGGAUUUUUUUGUUCUCAGAGGACGAUUGGGAAGAUGCUCAGAAUGCUCUCCGCAGCAUUAGUAAUAAUUCUGAGGUCCAGUAUGUUGUUGCUAUUAAUGGCAUAGACUUGGGAUCAAUAAACAACUCAACUGCACUUGGUGUCAGCUUUUCAGCAAAUGACGUAAGUGAAUUUGAGAGUAAACCUAUCAUAAGAGAGUCUAGCAGUGUAGCUGUACAAGCUAUUGGUGUCAGGAAUACUCCCUUGACUAACAAAUCUGACACUCUGUUGUCUACCCAGUCUUUACAGCAAGUCUCAACAAUGUCUUCAAAUGCUUUUGAAACUGGUCAGCUGCCUAAUGGUGACCAAAUGACGCAAGCUGCAGAAUUUAGUUAUAAACAUCCUGUUCACCAAAUGACUGUUGAUGUCAGGAUUACUCCUGUGACUAACAAAUCCGACACUUCAUUGGCUACCCAGUCUUCCCAGCAAGUAUUAAUAACGUCUUCAAUUUCUCACGAAACUGAUCAGCAUACUAAUGGUGGCCAAAUGACGCAUGAUGCAGAAAUCUGUCGUCAAUAUCCUGUUCAACAAAUGACUGUUGGUGUCAGGAAUGCUCCCUUGACCAACAAAUCUGACACUUCAUUGGUUACCCAGUCUUCACAGCAAGUAUUAAGGACGUCUUCAGUUGCUCGUGAAACUGAUCAGCUGACUAAUGGUGGCCAAAUGACGCGAGCUGCAGAAGUUAGCCGUCAAUAUCCUGUUCAGCAAACGACUCUUGAUGUCUGGAAUACUCCUUUGACUAACAAAUCCGACACUUCAUUGGGUACUCAGUCUUCACAGCAAAUAUUAACAAUGUCUUCAAAUGCUUAUGAAACCAGUCCGCUGACUAAUGGUGACCAAAAUACUCAAACUGCAGAAACUAGUCGUCAAUAUCCUGUUCAACAAAUGACUGUUGGUGUCAGGAAUGCGCCCCUGACCAACAAAUCUGACACUUCAUUGGUUACCCAGUCUUCACAGCAAGUAUUAAGGACGUCUUCAAUUGCUAGUGAAACUGAUCAGCUGACUAAUGGCGGCCAAAUAACGCAAGCUGCAGAAGUUAGUCGUCAAUAUCCUGUUCAGCAAAUGGCUCUUGAUGUCAGGAAUACUCCCUUGACUAACAAUUCCGACACUUUAUUGGCUACCCAGUCUUCACAGAAAGUAUUAAGGACGUCUUCAAUUGCUCAUGAAACCGGUCCGCUGACUAGUAGUGACCAAAUGACUUCUUCAAUUGCUCAUGAAACUGGUCCGCAGACUAAUGAUGACCAAAUGACGCAAGCUGCAGUAGUUAAUUGUCAAUGUCCCGUUCAUCAAAUGACUGUUGGUGUUAGGAAUACUCCUUUGACUAACAAAUCUGACACUUCAUUGGCUAAUCAGUCUUCACAGCAAGUAUUAAGGACGUCUUCAAUUGCUCAUGAAACCGGUCCGCUGACUAGUGGUGACCAAAUGACUUCUUCAAUUGCUCAUGAAACUGGUCCGCUGACUAAUGGUGACCAAAUGAUGCAAGCUGCAGAAGUUAGUCGUCAAUAUCCCCCUGUUCACCAAAUGACUGUUGGUGUCAGGGAUGCUCCCUCGACUAACAAAUCUGACACUUCAUUGGCUACCCAGUCUUCGCAGCAAGUACUAGGGUCAUCUUCAAAUGCUUAUGAAACCAAUUCGUUGACUAAUGGUGGCCAAAUGACGCAAGCUGCAGAAAUCAGUCGUCAAUAUCCUGUUCACCUUGGCCUUCAUCCCUCUCAUAACCCUGUUGUUGGAGAGACUCCUAUUUCUAUGGCUCCUCAUCUUUUGAAAAAUCAACCAGGGAUUCUGAAUAAAGACUAUCCACCUAGUGGAGUACAUAUACAAACAUCUGAAGUAUCUUCAGCGCAGGUGAAAACAAUAGGUGAUAAUAAUUCAGGCAAACAAGGGAGUGACCAGGGUAAUGUUCUAUCCUUGGAAACCCCGUCCCCAUGUCUGUCAGUUGGAGUUACCAUGCCUGAGGAGCAUUUACCUUCGUUCCCUUCCACACAAAAAGUUCAGCACCAGGAUUGUGAAGAGGGCUCUUUAUCUAGCAGUUCAUGUGUUCCUAAUUAUGUUAAUUCUUACUCCAAUGCAAUCGAUUUAACUUGUCUUCAUCCUUCUCCAGUUCCUAAAAGAGUUUACUGUUCAGAAAGAACUCCUAGGGAGCAAGUAGAGGUCCUGAAUCAGUCCUCAAAGUCAGAUGAUACACACAGCUCACAUUUUCAUGUGUCAGGUUUGCUUUCCGAUAUCAAGCCAGUCGGUCCAGUAACAGAAUCUGGCGACAACUUGCAUGAUGGCAAUCUGUUAGAUGCAGUCAAGAAACCAACUAUUUCACCAACACCCUUUCCUGCAGAUGACCAUACUGUUGACAACGGGUUUGCCAACGAUCAAAUGAAUAAACCGUUGCUUGAUACAAACAGUGAGAUGAAGUUAAACCUAUCUGAGCACAUGGAUCCCGAGUUGAAGCAUGUCUUGGCGAGUAACGAAGGAGUUAAAGAGGUGGAAACUAAAGAUAACCAUAUCAAACCCUUUUGUGAUGAAACCGAAACUAAAAAUGGUAAAUCAGAUCUUCCUGCUGUUCAUCAUGUUUCCUCUGUUGAGCGCCUUGAUGUUAUAGCAUCCAGUCUUCCAGAGAUUGAUUGGGGUGAGGCCUAUAGGAAGGAAUCUAAUGAUAGCCAUGUGGUGCAAGAACUACCUGUUUCUGUAGCUGGGAACAUAACCGAAGUUGUUUCUCAAGAUUUUCCUGCAAAUGUUACCAAUCAAGUAGAAGGUGACAUUCUAAUUGACAUCGAUGAUCGAUUCCCCCGUGAAAUGCUUUCUGAUAUGUAUUCUAAAGCAAUACUUGAAGAAGACCCCUCCAUUCUGCAUCCACCAUCCACAGAUGGAAUAGGCUAUAGUGUAAAUAUGGAAAAUCACGAACCUAAAAGUUGGUCAUAUUUUGGAAAGCUGGCACAAGAAGGCCUUGACAAUGUCUCACCUAUUGAUAAAGAUCAUCUUGGUUUUUCACAUCAUGUUACACCUCAAACAACGGAUAGAGUUCCUGUAGAUUGUGAGAAUUCCCACCUUAAUUUUGGUGAAGAAAAUCAGGACUUACAUAGAAGGAUUGAAACAGAAACCCAUGUUCUGAAUUCCAAUUAUGAUCAAUCCCAACUUAGUGAUACUGGAAGUGUGCAGUUUGAUGGUAGGAUGGAAAAUCAAAGAGCACCAGAGUCUGAGUACGAGGAUGGCAAGUAUGAAAGCAAAAACUGUAACCGAUCUCCACAUGAUUCUUCUUUAGGAGAAAUUGCUAUCAAUACUGUGCAGGUCAUUAAGAAUGAUGAUCUUGAAGAGUUGAGGGAACUAGGUUCUGGUACAUUUGGGACUGUGUAUCAUGGAAAAUGGAGAGGAACAGAUGUUGCUAUCAAAAGAAUAAAGAAGAGUUGCUUCAGGGGUUCAAUAUCUGAGCAAGAGAGACUGACUUUAGAGUUCUGGCAAGAAGCUGACAUUCUUUCAAAGCUUCACCAUCCAAAUGUGGUUGCACUUUACGGUGUGGUACAGGAUGGGCCUGGAGGAACGAUGGCUACUGUUACAGAAUUCAUGGUGGAUGGUGCUCUUAAGCAUGUAUUACUUCGCAAGGAUAAGUAUCUUGAUCAUCGGAAAAAGCUGAUAAUUGCAAUGGAUGCAGCAUUUGGAAUGGAAUAUUUACACUCGAAAAACAUUGUGCAUUUCGACUUAAAAUGCGACAAUUUGCUUGUGAACUUGAAAGAUCCUUUACGGCCAAUAUGCAAGGUUGGUGAUUUUGGUUUGUCAAAAAUUAAACGAAAUACCUUGGUUACUGGUGGUGUGCGGGGGACUUUACCUUGGAUGGCACCAGAGCUGCUGAAUGGAAACAGCAACAAAGUUUCAGAAAAGGUUGAUGUGUUCUCCUUUGGCAUAGUUCUAUGGGAAAUUUUAACUGGUGAGGAGCCAUAUGCCAAUAUGCACUAUGGUGGAAUUAUAGGUGGGAUUGUAAAUAACACAUUGCGGCCAGCCAUCCCAAGCUACUGCGAUCUCGAAUGGAAAACACUGAUGGAGGAAUGUUGGGCUCCGAAUCCUGUAGCCAGGCCUUCCUUUACACAAAUUGCAAGUCGCUUGCGCAUAAUGUCCGCAGCUGCUACUGAAACAAAGCCACAGGGAAACAAGCCAUCUAAAUGAAUCAGAGAUAGCAUUAUUAUUGCUAUUGAUGAUGUAACAUUUAAUUUUUUUUAGUGGUACUCCAGGAAGUUAGUUAUACCAGGGCUGGUGCUAGUAUAUAGGUUUUGAUUUUUUUUUCUUCUAACAGAUAUACACAGGAAUAAUCUAGUACUAUGCUAGGCAAGGUACUUGUUGUACACCAAUGCUUCAAUACAAGUGCAAAAUUGUCUGAUACUUAUGGGUAAUGGAUUAAUCAGUUCUGUUCUGACAUCUCUAUUUAUAUGAUAGUCAGCAAAAAAUGAUAAGCUACUUCAUUUGUUUCA